UGUUGUGCGGAGCUAGCGAGCGGCGGCGGCGGCGGCGGCGGCACCAUCCAGGCGGGCACCAUGGGCACGUCCGCGCGCUGGGCGCUCUGGCUGCUGCUCGCGCUGUGCUGGGCGCCCCGGGAAAGCCGCGCCACCGGAGCGGGAAGAAAAGCCAAAUGUGAACCCUCCCAAUUCCAGUGCACAAACGGCCGCUGUAUUACGUUGCUGUGGAAAUGCGACGGGGACGAAGACUGCGCUGACGGCAGUGAUGAAAAGAACUGUGUGAAGAAGACAUGUGCCGAGUCAGACUUUGUGUGCAACAAUGGCCAGUGCGUCCCCAGCCGGUGGCAGUGUGACGGGGAUCCCGACUGCGAAGACGGCUCUGAUGAAAACCCAGAACAGUGCCAUAUGAGAACAUGCCGCAUAAACGAAAUCAGCUGUGGCGCCCGGUCCACUCAGUGUAUCCCCGUGUCCUGGCGGUGUGAUGGUGAAAAUGAUUGUGACAGUGGCGAAGAUGAAGAGAACUGUGGCAAUAUUACGUGCAGCCCCGACGAGUUCACCUGCUCCAGCGGCCGCUGCAUCUCCAGGAAUUUCGUCUGCAACGGCCAAGACGACUGCAGCGACGGCAGCGACGAGCUGGCGUGUGCGCCCCCCACGUGCGGCGCGCACGAGUUCCAGUGCGGCACCUCGUCCUGCAUCCCCCUCAGCUGGGUGUGCGACGACGACGCCGACUGCUCCGACCAGUCCGACGAGUCGCUGGAGCAGUGCGGCCGCCAGCCCGUGAUGCACGCCAAGUGCCCAGCCAGCGAGACCCAGUGCGGCUCCGGCGAGUGCAUCCACAAGAAGUGGCGCUGCGAUGGGGACCCCGACUGCAAAGACGGCAGUGACGAGGUCAACUGUCCUUCGCGCACCUGCCGCCCUGACCAGUUCCAGUGCGAGGACGGGAGCUGCAUCCACGGCAGCAGGCAGUGCAACGGCAUCCGGGACUGCGUGGACGGCUCUGACGAGGUCAACUGCAAAAACGUCAAUCAGUGCUUGGGCCCUGGCAAGUUCAAGUGCAGAAGUGGGGAGUGCAUAGAUAUCGGUAAAGUAUGUAACCAGGAGCAGGACUGCAGGGACUGGAGUGACGAGCCCCUGAAAGAAUGUCAUGUAAACGAAUGCUUGGUUAAUAAUGGCGGCUGUUCUCACAUCUGCAAAGACCUCGUGAUAGGCUACGAAUGUGACUGCGCAGCUGGGUUUGAACUGAUAGAUAAGAAAAUCUGCGGAGAUAUUGAUGAAUGCCAAAACCCGGGAAUCUGCAGCCAAAUUUGUAUCAACUUAAAAGGCGGUUACAAGUGUGAAUGUAGUCGGGGCUAUCAGAUGGAUCUUGCCACUGGCGUGUGCAAGGCAGUAGGCAAAGAGCCAAGUCUGAUCUUCACGAAUCGAAGAGACAUCCGGAAGAUUGGCUUGGAGAGGAAGGAAUAUAUCCAACUAGUGGAACAGCUAAGAAACACUGUAGCCCUUGAUGCAGACAUUGCUGCUCAGAAACUGUUCUGGGCUGAUCUAAGUCAGAAGGCCAUCUUCAGUGCCUCAAUUGAUGACAAGGUUGGUAGACAUGUUAAAAUGAUCGACAAUGUCUAUAAUCCUGCAGCCAUCGCUGUUGAUUGGGUGUACAAAACCAUCUACUGGACUGAUGUGGCUUCUAAGACUAUUUCAGUAGCUACCCUGGAUGGAACCAAGAGGAAGUUCCUGUUUAACUCGGACUUGCGGGAGCCCGCCUCCCUCGCUCUGGACCCACUGUCUGGCUUUGUGUACUGGUCAGACUGGGGAGAACCAGCUAAAAUAGAAAAAGCAGGAAUGAAUGGAUUUGAUAGGCGGCCCCUGGUGACAGUGGACAUCCAGUGGCCUAAUGGAAUUACACUCGACCUUAUAAAGAGUCGUCUCUACUGGCUUGACUCCAAGUUGCACAUGUUGUCCAGUGUGGACUUGAAUGGCCAAGAUCGCAGGAUUGUCCUCAAGUCUCUGGAGUUCCUAGCUCACCCUCUUGCGCUGACAAUAUUUGAGGAUCGUGUCUACUGGAUAGAUGGAGAAAAUGAAGCCGUCUACGGUGCCAAUAAAUUCACUGGGUCAGAGCUGGCCACUCUGGUCAACAACCUUAAUGAUGCCCAAGACAUCAUUGUGUAUCACGAACUCGUGCAGCCAUCAGGUAAAAACUGGUGUGAAGAAGACAUGCCCAAUGGAGGCUGUGAAUACCUGUGCCUGCCGGCCCCACAGAUUAACGAUCACUCUCCGAAGUACACCUGUUCCUGUCCCAAUGGGUACAGGCUGGAGGAGAACGGCCGGGAGUGCCACAGUUCUGCAACUCCUGUGACUUACAGUGAGACAAAAGGUAUCCACACAACAGAAAUUUCACCAACUACUGGACUAGUUCCUGGAGGGAUCAAUGUGACCACAGCCGUAUCUGAAGCCACUGUCCCCCCGAGAGGCACGUCUGCUGCCUGGGCCAUCCUUCCUCUCUUGCUCUUGGCAAUGGCGGCAGUAGGUGGCUACUUGAUGUGGCGAAACUGGCAGCACAAGAACAUGAAAAGCAUGAACUUUGACAAUCCUGUGUACUUGAAGACUACUGAAGAGGACCUGUCAAUAGACAUUGGGAGACACAGUGCUUCUGUUGGACACACGUACCCAGCAAUAUCAGUUGUAAGCACAGACGAUGACCUAGCUUGACUUCAGAGACGAGUCUUGACCUCUGAGGUCUAAAACCAAUAACCCUCCACUUCGAAAUGGUAACUGAGCCAGCACCUGAAGUCUUUCUUCCUCCAUUCUGGAAGAACAUCAAGAUGUCUUUAAGUGGAUCAAGCUUGUAUACUUGACCAUUUUUAUAUUACUUUUGUAAAUAUUCCUGUCCACAUUCUAUUUCAGCUUUGGAUAUGGUUACCAAGUAUCUAACCUUGAGUUUCUAGACAGUAUUGCCACAUCUGGCCAAAUAUGCACUUUCCCUAGAAAGCCAUAGUCCAGCAAUGACCCUUGUGCUAUAAGUGUACACCAUCUGUACAGACAUUGUAUAGGCCAUCUGUAAAUAUCCCAGAGAACAAUCACUAUUCUUAAGCACUUUGAAAAUAUUUCUAUGUAAAUUAUUGUAAACUUUUUCAAUGGUUGGGACAAUGGCAAUAGGAUAAAACGGGUUACUAAGAUGAAAUUGCCAAAAAAUUUGUAAACUAAUUUUGUACGUAUGAAUGAAAUCUUUGACCUCCGUGGAGGUUAGUAAAGACUGAGUGUUCAAACUACUGUACAUUUCUUUUUCAAGUGCUAAAACAAUUAAACCAAGCAGCUUAACCAUGGUUUCUGCCUAUUCCUCCAGGAAAAAUUUCUGUCGAUGGCCUGAGUAGUAGCAAGCAUUCUAAGUAUAUGAGCUAGAUAAUACAAAUCGAGUAUAUGAGUACAGACCUUGAUGUUGCAUAACUGGGCCUAUAUAUUGGCUAGUUUCUCUUAGAACCAAGUACUAAAAGAACAAAGUACCAUUUAAUAUUUGCUCCUGAAAUAUUUAUUUUUGGUUAAAGAAGCUAGCUUAGCCUGUACCUAGAAUUCCUCUAGGAGGAAUUUAGAGGCAAGUUCCUUUUCUGACUCAUUUGUUUCCUGACCUAGAAACCUAUGUUAAGAUUUCUAGCAAUUCUGCUUCUUCAUUCCUAAGUCUCUGUUUUCCAUGUUCUGUCAUUAUAUGUAGCUCCAGGACAGUGGGAAUUUCAUAGAAAUGGAAAUUUCAUGGAAAAUCUGUAGUAGCUUCCCAUUUUUCAGUCUGGCUGGCAUACAAUCCUUCUGUGGACAAUGUCUGAAACCCUUAAUAUGAAGAACAGAUAAGAAAUUUGGGCAGAAGAAAUAGGAGCACAGGACUUUAAAUAAGUUUUCCAUCAGAUUGGCCAUUACUGCCUUUCCCUAAAAUCUCAGGAUGUGAGCAAACAAGGGACGACAUGAGAUUUGGAGCCCUGGGAAGAUGCUUUAAUUUCAACAGGAGAGGGGAGGGAGUCUACUAUAGAUGUGACUCCUCUUGGGACUCACUGACCAAUGCAGGAGCAAAAGGAUGAAGAGAUCCUCUGAGUAACUAAAGGGUUGGGUGGGUGACUCCUAUUCUGCUUGGGCGUGGAAUGUAAGUAAGGCAGUUGACACCUUGCUUGUGGUUCAGGUGGAGACCAAUGAUCUUAGAGGAAGCUGCUUCUGCCAUAUUGCUUCAUAGACACCCUGUUGUGAUUUCGGUCAAAUCUAUGAAAGUGAAAGAAUAGGCAUGGUUUGGGUUUUUGGGGGGCGCAGGAGGGGGGCAGCAUGUGCAAGUCUGGCGUAUAGCUGUCAAGGAAGGACUCUGUGUUUUCCCCCUUUUGCUUCCUUUUCAAAAAGUCAUUACACUAAACAGGUUGUGGCCUGCUGACACAGGGUAUCAGAAGUGCCCCUUGUGGUAAGUAGGUUCGUGUUCAUUGAAUCUCAACUCUGAAGGCCAUUUGGUUGACUAGUACUUUGACCCUGCUCUGAAACAAAACCCAACUAUUUCUUUUUUUAAUCGGAGCAACACAAAAUUCCCACCUAGGAAGCUUGAAGAUAGCAGUGCAUUCCCCCAUUACAAGGACUGUAUAGUAUUAAUGUCAAGGCCCAAAGCCAUAGUUUUUAAGAAUAAAAUCAAGCAUUAUUCUCUACUGUCUUCUCUCAGAUUCCAGUCCAGUUCUAGGUCCCACUCUCCAACCUUCAAAGAGUCUCAAGUAUUUCCUUCUUUGACCUUGCCCUACACCAGUAGCUAAGAACAGAAACUCUACCUGAAGAGUUGAAAAAAAUCAAGUAACUAGAUAUUUCUACUGAAAUCAGAAUAGGUAAUACGACUAGUUAAUUCGCACGUACAAUAGUUCAUGACGAACUAGAGCCUUGGGCUUCAGUAUCCAAAUAAUAACAAUAAGAAUCCUACAUGAAACAUACAGGUGUAAAUUUGCUGUAUCUGUAUAGUUUACUAGAGAAGAUGAGAAUUGGUUAAGAGGUAGAAUAGGAAGCUUAUCUAACACUAAGAGAGGGUGUUUGGAGUUAAAUGUGUUAUACAAAGUCACUGAAUGUGGGUCCUCCAUGGACUUUAGGAAUUGCUACAAAGUUUGAUAAAAGAUGAGUAAACAAAGUUGUGACACCUGGUAAAGAAAUCCGGCCGAGUCCCUGAGUCCAAACUCUUAAGUGACAUGUACAAGCUAUCUAUUUGGCAAAAAAAGAAUCCCAGCUCCCUGAAGACAUUCUUACAGUUAAAUUAGACCUAUGGCAUCAUCCUCAAGCCUAUGGUGUUCUAGUCUUGAUGAACACAAGGCGAAAAAGAAAGAGACAGACUUCAGCUUUGGCACUUACUUAUGUUCCUUGUAUCUUUGGAAGUCAGAUAGCCCUUCUCAAAAAAAAAAAGAAAAAAAUGACAAGACAGGCUUUGAAUAGCAAAACUAUAGGACAAUUCAAGAACAAACUCUAAUACUGAGAAAUGGGAGAACUGAAGUAUACCUUUUAACUAUUCUCACCCCCAAAGCAAAAGAUUUGGGGGGAGCAUUCUGUGUCAUGGAGCAUGACUCGAGGAAUUUCCUAGAAUUCUUACCUAGUGAAGACCCCAAACAGAAGCUGGAAUCCUUGAUUUCAGUGGCAGGGAAACUCACAAGAGGCAUAUGCACUUUUGCUCUGAUAACUUAGGUCCAAAAAAUUAGAAGACAACCUGCUAGUCUUGAUCACUCAAUUUGAGCUCCUCAGUUUCAUCAUCAAGGAUCCAGCUUGACUCUUAGGGAAAAAUUUGGAAUUCUAUGUUCACCAUGGACCUAAACUGUGGAGGCUUAAGAAUACACGGAAGUAGAAAAGUCUUCAAAUAUACCUUGUUUCCAAAUAUAGGGGACGUUUUUGUGCAUACACCCCCCUUGUCUGCUUUCGUAGAUCAAAAGCUGAAUGAGAGUUAUCAGUGGGGGUCCACAGUUACGUUAUUAAGGAACAGAUUACAGAAGUGUCUCAACUCUCUAUUGUCUCUCCCGAAUCCGUUGAGCAUUUCCAAGCCUGGUUCAUUCAGGAAACAAGGAUGUAGUAGACUAUUGACUGACAGUCUCUCUGUAAACCUUCCACCAGGGUUGUAGAAGCCAGCAUCAAACAGGCUGAAGGUGGGGUACAGGAUCUUCAGGGGACCCUGGGCCUGUCGAUAGUUUUCUUUUUCAUUGUGCUUAUGGGGCAAGUGAGAUUAUCAGCAAGGAAGUUCCCAAGCAUGGACUCUGGUGUCAGGCUUGAUGUGGUAGCUUGGGCAAGCUCCUGAUCCCCUCAGUAAAUGGACCUGAUGGGGACUGUGUUGCCGUGCCACAGCGAGGGUUAAGGAGAAUGCAGACAAGUGCUCAGCAUGGUGUCUGGCAUCUAGUGGGUCCAAAGCAAGUGUUAACUGCUGGAGAUCACUCUCCAGCCAAUGCCUCUCUCUGUAUUCGUUGUGGCAUGACCUAGAAACUGGCAUGUGACUUUACCAAUGAGAGUUACAGUAACCUGACUCAUUAUUGAGCGUAGCAUGCAUUAGACCUUGGCCCAAGGGUUUUCCGCUACACCUGUCUGAUAGGAUCUAAGUGUGACAUUCAGGUAGUGACAUCACCUUUAUAUGGUUAAAAAAAAAAAGUUCAAGGGUUACAUGAUUUAAACCCUAGACAUGUAGCCAGUGUGUUUCUGUCCCAACCUUUGACUUUACUGUCUGGAACAUGGAAACAAAUACUUGGUGGCCUACACAGUAUUUGGACAGCAGCUAAAGCACCUCGAAUCUCCCUUAAUUUCUUACUAGUUUAAUAGUGUGCUAUUUUAUUUAAUCUUUACAACAACUCAAAUAGGUAAGUGUCUUCAUUUUAUAGAUGUGAAAAAUGAGACCACAGAUGGCAUGGGGAUUCCAAACCCUACGUUCUCACUGCCGUUACCGCUCAGAAAAGGAGGCAGAGCUGUGUAAAGGUUAAGCUGGACAUCACACUACAUGUUUGCAGAGUCCCCUUUACUGCUGACAGAAGCAUCCUUCAGCAGUCUCCCUGUGUCUCAGAUGCCCUCAAUGGCUGGCAUCCAAUAUGGCGGCUCACUGAAAGACUAACACCAGCACCACAUCAGGUCGGCGCAGAAGAACGUUGUUGGUUCUGUGCCCAUGCCUCGAGAUGCCAGAAGUUCCAGAAUUGUUCUCCUUGUGAAGUAGAAGUAGACUACUGGAUUGCAAAGUAAAAGAAGAAGACCCCCUGAUGGAGUUUAUGGACAUGCAACAUCCCUCCCAUAUAUAAAGACACUGGGGAAACAAACUGUAAGUCCUCCAUCGUAAAGCUCUCGUAAGGAAAGAUGUGCCCAAGACGACGGGGAGAACUGUGACUUGGGACAAGUGACAGAUCUUAGCUAUUCUGGAAUCGACCCCUGAGACCUGCUUAUCUCUCAACUUAUACACACGUGCGGGGUGGGGGAAGAAUUCUUCGCGCAAAAUGACUGGCUUUGAAAAACUAUCUGGCCCCUUUUAAAAUGUCACUCGAUACCAAAAUGUGACUUUAGAGCAUGUAAUGCCUCAGGAGCCCAGAGCAUACAACCACAUUACCGUGCUCAGGAUCUUCAGAAUUCUAGAAACAUACGUUGGAAUGUGUCUAGUCCUGCUGACCUGUAGAUAAGCGUUUUUCUUUCAUUAAUGAACUGUACAUGUAACUUAAAUAAAAGUUUAUUUUUGAGAUGA